CUCGGGGAAGUCAGGCCCCGCGGAUCUCGACGCGGCGGCGCCGCGCGCGGCGGCCGCGCCCCCCCCUGGGCAAAGGGGGCCGCGGGCAUGGCGCCGCCCUGAGCGCGCUGCGCUGCGCCGCCCGGUGUUCCCAAGCGCAGCCAGCCUCGCCCGGGCCUGGGCGCCGAGCCCGCGGGGGACAUGAAGGUCGUCGACUUUGACGGGCAGGAUCUAGAGCCCGGCAGCCCAGCGGCCCGCUUGCCGGCAUCGAGCCCCGAGCCGGCGGCGGCACCGAGGCCCGGCAGCCCCAGCGGCUAUGGCAGCCCGGGGCCCAGCAGCCCCAAGAAGGCUUACAGCGUGAAGUUCACCGCGAGCCCCGCGGGAUUCGCGAGCGCGGGCGCCGCGGCCUCCCUCGAGCACGCCGGCGCGAGGUCGGAGCUCGGCGAGGAGCUCGCCCGACGCCUGGACAAGAUCGACAGCAAGCUCGAUUGGCUGGUCUCCCGCUCCAGAGCCACGGGCACCGCGGACAUCCAGCGCACAAGGAGCACCGGCAGCGCCCAUGGCUUCCCCGCGUUCGCGGACGCCGACCGGGCAGCGCCCCCGGCAGCACACGCGGAGACGCCCUACAGCGCCGCGGACAGCGGGCCCCGGACCAGCGUGACGGCGCUCCGCAGCGCCACAGACGGCGGAGGCCCCCUGACCAGCGUGACGGCGCUCCGCGGCGUCGCGGACGUAGGCCCCCUGAUCAGCGUCGAGCCGCCCUCGGCAGUAGGCAGCGCGCCGUCGCCCCGCGGGCCCAGGCCCCACCUCAUGGUCCAGCGCCGGAUGUCGUCCCAGGAGGAUCGGCGCAGACAGGCCGGCGGGAGAGCAGCGCCGCCCGAGCUGGGGGCUCCAGCCUCGGGUGUCGAGGGCGGGGUCCGAGGGCAGGGAGCCCGGGUCGCCGGGGGCCACGCCCAGGGCCUCGAGGGCCUCGCGCAGGGCGUCAGCGCUCAUCCCCAACCUGAGCAUCUCGAACCGGAGGAGCGCCACCCUCGCGCGGACGGUGACGAGGUCGACGGCGUGGACGGCCUCUGGUCGGUCGGCGUCGGGCCGGUCGUCGAGCGGGAGCGUCCCCGACAUGUUCAAGAACCAGUUCGUGGCCAGGAGGAUGUACGAGAAGUCCGAAAGCAAGGACCUCGACCACAUGCAGAAGGCACGAUGGCGGAUAUUCAGACGCUUCCGACGGCGAUGACGAAGAGGCGGAGCAAGGCCGUCGACUACGUCUGGACGGUCUUGGACGACCCGGGGUCGAGCAGUGUCGCUUGGUGGACCGCAAUGCUCCUGCAGAUUCUCGUGCUUCUGAGCGUGCUGGGUACCUUCCUGCAGACGGUGGAAGAGCCGCCCCUGCGUGGAUGGUCGGCUGCUAUCGUCGAGCUGGUCUUCGAUGCCGUGUUCUUGUUGGAGAUCUGCAUUCGUUGGUGCUCUGCGCCGAGCAAGGUAAACUUUGCGUUCGCCACGCACACGUGGAUCGAUAUCGCAGCGGCGAGUGCAAUCGCUGUGCGGGCAGCCGUUGGCUUCGUGCUCCCUGAAAGCCAGGACGAUGCAGGGUUGGCGGAUUUUCUUGUUGUGCUUUGUGCCGAUCAUCAGAUUAUUGAAGAUUCUCCGGCACUUCGAGACCUUCAACGUGCUCAUCCAGGCGGUCAAGAUUACAAUGGAGGCCCUCCCAAUGCUUCUUUAUGCUGUGGCCUUGAUUACGAUGACGUUCGCCACCCUCAUCUAUCUUGUGGAGCCGGAGCUCUUCGAAUCGCCGUUUCGGGCAGUCUGGUUCUGCUUGGUGACCGUCACCACAGUUGGUUACGGGGAUUAUGCUCCCACGACUACGGCAGGAAUCACGAUCGUUAUGAUUUUGAUCGUGUCGGGGGUCAUACUGAUGGCGGUGCCUAUCGGUAUUAUUGGAAACACAUUUAACGAAGUGUGGAACACGAGAGAUUAUUCUUUGCUACUGUCGAAAACGAGGACGAAGAUGCAACAGUGGGGCUACACGGCUAAUGACAUUCCGACGUUGUUCAAACUCGGCACAUGUUCGGAUGACGAAAACGGGCAGCUCGAGCUCGACGAGUUCUGCCAGCUGGUGAAGGAGAUGAAGAUCGGACUCUCCGAGGACCGGGUCAUCGCUCUGUUUGAGCACAUGGACAAGGACGGCAGUGGCGCGCUGGAUGCGGCCGAGUUCGCGCUGGCGAUCUUUCCACACAAGUACGUCGAGAACUUCGGCCAUGCCCGCGCGGCCUCGAGGGAGGUUGUCAGAAAGAUGAGGGAGAGCACCUUCAGCGCCCUGACGAACUUCACGGUCCACAGCAGGAGCUUCAAUCGUUUAUCACCCGGUUCAAGGAGCGUGAGCGGGUUGCCUGAUUCGCCCGGUUGACCGCUUGCUUCAUUGGCGCGCUUCAAGUUAGGUCUACGGAAGCCCCUGGAUGGUGGGGGGGGUAACACGUUUGAUAUCUCUCGCGCACUGGCUUUGCACGGGAUGGCCUCGGCGCGCUCGCUGGAACGGGUUUGGCGGGAAUCCAACCCCCUUAUUUCUGCUUUUGCUGCUGGAGUUCAGCAGAGUUCUC